GAGGAGGAAGAGGAAGAUGAGUACGAGAAACGGAUUGAGCGGACGGGGUGUGCGGCAGAGAACGAGGCGUUGCAGAUGUGUUAUGCGGAGAAGCAUGAUUGGCGGGCGUGCAAGGAUGCGAUGCAGGCGUUUCGGGAGUGCUGGAAGCGCAAU